UGGGUGGGGCCCCUGUAUUGAAAAGCCGUAUUCUUCCCCGUAUAAUACCCACAUAGUUACCGUUGCCCAGUCCCCGUCUCGGAGUGGACUGGGAGUAACGUUGACACUUGACACGCGCGACAUAAUAUCGGCACCUGCAGUUCCCUUCACCCUACUGCUCCAUCUCUCUCUCUGCACACACAAACACAGAGAGGGUGUAGAUAGUAGAAUGAGGCCUCAGUUGGUGUUGUUUGGAGAUUCAAUCACAGAGCAAUCCUUGGGACGAGGUGGGUGGGGAGCAGCUCUUGCUGACACAUACUCUCGAAAGGCUGAUGUCGUGGUUCGUGGAUAUGGUGGAUACAACACUAGAUGGGCUCUGUUCCUUUUACAUCUCAUUUUUCCUCUCGACUGCGCAAACCCUCCUGUUGCCACCACCGUUUUCUUUGGCGCUAAUGAUGCGGUCCUUUUGGGUAGGAAUAAUGAACGUCAACAUGUGCCUGUUGAAGAAUACAAGGAGAACCUCAGAAGGAUGGUUCAUCACUUAAAGAAAUGCUCCCCCACCAUGCUGGUUGUGCUUAUCACGCCUCCCCCAGUUGAUGAAGAAGGGCGAUUGGAAUAUGCAAGAUCUGUGUUUGGUGAUAAAGCAGUUAAACUGCCUGAAAGGACAAAUGAAAUGGCAGGAAUUUAUGCAAAGCAGUGCGUGGAGUUGGCUAAGGAGCUUGGUCUUCCUUCCAUUGAUUUGUGGUCCAAGAUUCAGGAAGCAGAAGAGUGGCGAAAAAAAUUUCUAAGUGAUGGGUUGCACCUGACAGAAGAAGGGAAUGCACUUGUUCACCAUGAAGUGGUAGGAGUGUUUGAUGAAGCGUCAUUGUAUGCUUCUGCAAUGCCACAUGAUUUCCCUCACCAUUCUGAAAUUGACUGGAAGAAUCCUUCUAAAGCUUUCCAACUACAAUGUGCACAACAACAAACCUCAGCCUUAUCCCAACUAAAUGAGGUUUGCUACAUGGAUCCAUAAGGGUGUAAAAUGUAAUAGAAGUAAAAAAUGAGACAUAGCACCACCACAUAAACAUCCCACCUCCACACAAAUCUAUUUGAGGUUGUACAAGGGUCAAGACCUAAACUUUGCAUGUCUUUCCGACUACAAUGCUCAUGAUAUGUAUUCUUCUUUUUUGUUAAAGUAGUUUCUAUAAUUAGUGAGUAUCUAGAACGGCUUUUGUCAUUCAUACUGAAAAGAAAAUUUGAUACUGUAUCAGUGAAAAGUUGUUUGAUGCCAUUUUAUGAUGUAAUAUUGUUGUAAUGUACUAUGAAGUUUCGAGUGUGAUGAUCCCCCCAGAAUUUGAUGAAUACAAUGGCCUGAUGCAUUGAGAGGACA